UCUGCGCUAGUGUAGACAGCAAAUAGGCAAACACAUAGCUAUAUAUUUCAGAAUAACAUUUUGACACAAAACGUGAAUGAACUCAAAUUAAUAAUAACAGACAAAACAAUUAGCCAAAAGACUAAAAUUGGCUUAAUAUAACAUAAUUACAAUUUAACCUUUUUUGUUGUUAGGGAAUCAAUAUAGUAAGGAGGAAACAUUUGACCUCAGCCUUUUUGAAAAGAAGUGGAUUUUUUCCUUCCUCUGGAACAAAAAACAGGGGGGUGGGGGGAAGGAAACGAAGAGAAAGCUUUCAGCUCCCGGUGGAAGUGUCAGGAUCACCCUGAGAGAAGAAGCCACAGCAGCAUCUUUACACUUCUGUCCCAAAGGGGUUGGUGGUGACUUUUCUCCACCAGUGCGACUAACACAUACACUCCAUACCUCACACACUCUAGAAGGAUGGCUGCAGCUAAGACCGAGAUGCUCCUGCCUGCUCUGCAGAUCUCUGACCCCCUGAGCUUUCCUCAUUCCCCGGUGGAUAACUACCCCAAGCUGGAGGAAAUGAUGCUGCUGAACUCAGCAGGGACACCCUUCCUCAAUGCCUCUGCUCCGGAGGGUGCAGGUUUCGGCUCUGGGGAGCCUGGAGAACAGUAUGACCAUCUAGCUGGAGAUACGUUACCAGAGAUUACCAUCAACUGUGAGAAAUCUCCAGGCGAGCAGAGUUACCCCGCUCAGCGGUUACCCCCCAUCUCAUACACGGGGCGCUUCACCCUUGAACCCGCUGCCAGUAGCAGUAACAGUUUGUGGGCAGAGCCUUUGUUUAGCCUGGUCAGUGGGCUCGUUGGUAUCAACCCACCUCCAACAUCUAUUCCAUCCUCUUCCACACAAACCAGUCCUCCCUCUUCCUCUACGUCUCCCUCCGCCUCUUCCUCAUCUUCGUCAUCCUCGUCCUCCCAAGUCUCCAGCCUCAACUGCUCCAUCCAGCAGACUGAACCCAACCCCAUUUACUCUGCAGCCCCCACCUAUACCAGUGCCAGCCCUGACAUCUUCCCUGAGCCUGGAGCCAACUUCCCCUCUGCUGUGGGGGGGUCACUGCAGUACCCUCCCCCUGCAUAUCCUACAGCCAAGGCCUGCAGCACCAGUUUUCCCGUGCCUAUGAUCCCAGACUACCUGUUCCCACAGCAGCAGAGUGAGAUCAGCCUGGUUCCCCCCGACCAGAAACCUUUUCAGACGCAGGCAGGACAGCAACCGUCUCUAACACCACUCUCAACAAUUAAGGCUUUUGCCACACAGACUGGCUCACAGGACCUAAAGACUGUCUACCAGUCUCAACUGAUCAAACCCAGUCGCAUGCGCAAAUACCCCAACCGGCCCAGCAAGACGCCACCACACGAGCGGCCAUACGCCUGCCCUGUGGAGACCUGCGACCGGCGCUUUUCACGCUCUGAUGAACUGACACGCCACAUUCGCAUCCACACAGGCCAGAAGCCGUUCCAGUGCCGCAUCUGCAUGCGCAACUUCAGCCGCAGCGACCACCUGACCACACACAUCCGCACUCACACCGGCGAGAAGCCCUUCGCCUGUGAGAUCUGUGGUCGCAAGUUCGCCCGCAGUGAUGAGCGCAAACGUCACACCAAGAUUCACUUGAGACAGAAGGACAAGAAAUCUGACAAGAGUGCGGCAGCUGUCAUACAGAGCUCCAUAACAGCCGUCACUAUCUCUGCUUCCUCGCCUGUGUCCAGUUACCCAUCCCCCAUCGCCUCCUAUCCGUCUCCAGUCUCCUCCUACCCAUCUCCAGUGACCUCCUGCUACUCCUCACCCAUCCACAGCUCCUACCCCUCUCCCUCUGUCGCCACCACAUACCCCUCCGUGUCCAGCACCUUUCAGACACCAGUCGCUACAUCCUUCCCUUCAGCAGUCGCCACCAACAUCUACAGCUCACCCGUCACCACUCCUCUGCCAGAUAUGCAACCCACACUCUCACCACGAGCAGGGGAGAUCUGCUGAGAUCUCUGCUCCUCUCCCUGUCCUGCACAUUUUCAGCCCACCCUUUCCUGUGUUUGAGAGAGCGAGAGAGAGAGAGACAGCGUAAGGAGAACUGUUAUUUGCCUGUUAAAAGCACUUUUUUGAGAAUUUCUUCCACAAGAAGACAGACAAUAAAAAAGGGAUUUUUUUUCAGCCUCCUCUGAAUCUUUACUUGUCAAAUGAGGCCUACAGAAUUGUAAACUGACAAUAAAAAGGACAGACGGUGCCAAUUUGUAUAUGCAGACAUCUACGUGUCUGAGAAACGAAUACUUUGUUAUUGAAAUACGUGCAGACUCCAAGCUCAGAUGGCCUGACAGAGAUGACAGGCACCCUUUUAUAAAAGACUGAAUAAUAUACAUAAGCUACAUUAUAUGUAUAGUGUUCAUGUGCCAUGUGCCAUGUUUUUUAUUUUUAUUUGAUUUGAUUUUUUGGCACCAGUUGUGAAGGUUAAUUUGAAUAUUUGCAUUGUAUUAUUUUAACUGAGCAGGGCCAUGUUUACUAGGAUCAUAUUCUGUAUUUCGUAGUGAAAAUGCUGUGAUACGUUCUUGGUUUUGUUUGGAUAAAGCACUUAAUUAUUCUAAAGCAUGUGUAACAGUGAUGUUAGUUUCUCUUAUUUUGUAAAUAUCACCCACUGGUACUAUCCUUCUCUUUGUCAUAUGUUACAAAGCAGUCUUUGGCGGGGGUG